AUGUCAAUCCGACGGAAUAAUCAGACGACGGCCUCUAGGGGUUCCGAAUCUGAGAAUGAGAAGACGUUUGAUAGUGAACGUGGCGAGGUGACGCAUACUGAGGGUGGCUUCGUCGCCGCAGGGAGUUCCUCUAUAGUGCAGUUAGACAAGGCAGCAGAGAAGCGCCUGUUAUGGAAGAUUGACCUCAUGGUCAUCCCCACCGUCGCACUCAUAUACCUGUUCUGCUUUAUCGACCGAGCUAACAUUGGUAAUGCUCGUCUGGCCGGUCUCGAGAAAGACCUCAAUAUGACGGGCACCUACGACUAUAAUCAACUUCUCUCUAUCUUUUAUAUUAGCUAUAUUCUCUUCGAGAUUCCGUCUAACAUUGCCUGCAAGUGGAUGGGCCCUGGCUGGUUCUUGCCCAUCCUAGCCCUGGGCUUUGGUUGUGCAUCGAUCGGCACGGCGUUUGUCAAAGAUAUGCCUCAGGCCUGUGGCGUUCGAUUUGUCCUAGGUGUCUUUGAAAGCGGCAUGAUGCCAGGAACCUCGUACUAUCUGUCGCGAUGGUAUAAGCGAUCUGAGCUAGCUUUCCGCCUUUCUUUAUACGUUGUUAUGGUGCCCCUUGCCGGGGCGUUUGGUGGUUUCCUCGCGUCGGCGAUCCUAAAGCUUCCUAAGUUUGGUAGCCUCACGGAAUGGCGAAUGAUAUUCGCUAUCGAAGGAAUCGUGACUGUCGUUAUCGCACUAGUUGCUUUCGUCACCUUGACUGACCGGCCAGAGACGGCCCGCUGGCUUACAAAAGAAGAAAAGGACUUUGCCAUCGCCCGUGUACGAGCGGAGCGUGUGGGCCAGUCCGAACUCAUUGACAACUGGAAGACGGAUAAGCGCCAGAUAUUCAUCAUUUUGUCCGCCCCGUUGGUCAUGACGGGCUUCCUGAUGUUCCUUGCCUCCUCGGACGGCAAGGUGCGUUACGCGGCUACCUUUCUCAUCGCUUCUAGCACUUUCGCGAUGGGGCCCCUAACCAACGCCCAGGCCUCCGCACAGGUCAUAUCUGACACCUCGCGCAGCAUGUCGCUCGCCACCAAUAUGAUGUUUGGUAACGUGGGCGGGCUAAUCUCGACAUGGUCGUAUAUCAAGUGGGAUGCUCCGGAUUAUAAGAUUGGUAACGGUUUAAACCUGGGAGCUGCAAGCGGAAUUCUCAUCUGUGGUAUACUGACGCAGGUAUGGAUGACUUGGGAUAACAAGCGACGAGAAAAGCGGGAUGUUGAGCGCGAGUUGGAGGGUCUAUCGCCGGGUGAGAUCGAGAACCUUGAAUGGAAGCAUCCUGCCUGGCGUUGGGCGCCAUAA